AUGGCUACCACCGAUCUUGUGGCAUUCACCUCCCCGAAUUCGAAACCUCUAGCAGAGAUGAAGGAGGUGGUCAACGUUUAUGAAGAUCGUAUCUUCCGUCGAACUAAGCACAACUCGAAGAAGUUAACUAUUCAAACAAACCUCUGCCCCGAUGUCGCCAUUCUUCGUCUCUUCCCGUCAAUUUCUGUUGAAGCAGUGAGGAGCUUUUUCAAACCACCAAUGAAGGAAUUAAGUGAGUAUGAGGCGAGGGGUGGAUGUAUCUACUACUGUCUCGUGAUCUCAAAGCUCCAUACUUUAACGCGUAUGGGUGGUGGAGCCAACCCGGUGAAUUUUAUUGUCACAUGGUCUCUUAAUUUCGCCUAA